AUGCUACAGCUCGAUAACCCCUUCGAGUUUCUCCCUCUCAGAAGCGAGAGCACCACCCCCAGUGCUACCGACACCCGGCUACAAUCACUCCCUCUGGCGGACAAUCUGAGCUCACCAUGCGACGAGUCUAUUGCGCAUGGCGAGUCAACCUCACAGGCUUCCAGCUCUCCGAGCUCAAGUUCGAUUGAUACAGCCAGUCUUGAACGGCGAGUUCACGAAGAGCCGCCGACGACGCAGUCUGUCUCUGUUCAGAUUCAACCUUCCUCCUCCGAUCCCACGAUGAUUUCUGUGCCACUCUCAAGUACCAAUCAAGCAGGCCUUGGGCAUGCUUUCGGCGAGCCGGUAGAGUAUGGUUUCUACCCCAUCACCUCAAAGCGCAAGCUCAAGCGCAAGGCAAUUGCCUUGCGCUAA